AUGGGUAAAUCUGAGUCACAGCAAGGGUGCAAGCAGCACCAAAAUGAGAAGCAAUUGCCGGGGGUUUGCUCCUCUUGUCUGAGAGAGAAACUGUCGCAACUCAAUGUUUCAGCUUCAAACAUGAAAACAAGUACCGGCGGUUUUGGAUAUUUUGGUUCUUCUUCUCCUAAUUCCUCUUCUACUUCUUCAUCGAUCUUUGUGUCUCCGAUUUAUGGCAGGCAUCAUCGCAGGGCUUUGGAAAAGACGGGUUCUAUUUCUUUGACGCUAAAAGUUGGUCACGAUUAUGGGCUGAAGAAAAGCAGAUCGAUUGCUUUUGUUUCGAGGAGUCUACACGAGGAGGCUGCCGGUAGUGGGAAGAAGAAAGGAGGGUUUUGGUCGAAGCUGCUUUGGUCUACAGGGAAGAGGACAAAAGAUGUUUUGAAGCAUUCAAGGGCUGAAAGCAAAAGGUUGGAGUAA